ACCAAAUUUAAUCAAACAAUAAUUCAGAGAAGCAAAGGAAGCUUCAAUGGUUUGUUUCUUUUCUUUUCUUUCUCUAACGCUUCCUUCAUAUUUCAUCUCUCUUUCUCUUUCCUUUGUCUGUAAAGACAAAAACCGUGGAUCCAUCUCAUCCCCCUAUUUCCAUCCGCCUUUCUUUCUCCUACGAACAACGACGUCACAACCUCCUUCCCUCUUUCCUUUACUUUUCUUCUCAUCAAAUUUCUUUCCUAUCAAAAUCCUCCCCCUUUCCUUCCCUUAAAAACAAGCCUCGAGAUCUAUCAACUAACCACUCCCCUUUCCUUUCCUCUUCCAAACAAAUAAUUUGAGAAUUCGUGCAAAAAGUAAAGACGAGGGAAAAGAAUGUCUUCAGUUCGUUCAGAUCCGAUCCACAGAAUCUAUCCGGAGCCUAUCGAUCAUUUUGACCGUCUUCCUGACUCUCUUCUCCUUUUAGUUUUCAACAAAAUCGGCGACGUUAAAGCUCUCGGCCGAUGCUGCGUUGUCUCGCGUCGUUUCCACUCCCUCGUCCCGCAAGUCGAAAACGUCGUCGUUCGUGUCGAUUGCGUCAUUUCUGACGACGAUUGUCCCCACUCUGCCUCCUCCGACAAAUCACUUGCUUCCGGUCCCUUUUCUAAUCUCUUCCGUCUCGUUUUCGGAGGCAUUUUUAAACCCAUCUUAGCUUUGGGCCAAUUCCUCCGCCCAAAACGGCCCACUCUCAACGAAACCCUUAACGCCCCUUCUUCUUCCUCUUUAUCCGUUGGUCCCGGUGGUGCUGAUGAUGGGGAAUUGGACCAAGGUGGGGUCACCCAUCAUUCCCCGACGCAAGUACUUAGAAAUUUCAACGAGAUUCGUUUCCUCCGAAUCGAAUUACCCAGCGGUGAGUUAGGGAUUGAUGAUGGAGUUCUGUUGAAAUGGAGGGCCGAUUUCGGAUCAACCCUUGAUAAUUGCGUCAUUCUGGGAGCUGCUUCCAUUAUUAACAACGUGCAUUUGCAUGUAUCGGAGUAUGGGAGCGGCGCAUUUUGCAUGAACAAUAACAUCACCAGUGGUCCAAAUGUUGGUAACGGCGAUGAUAAUGGGAGUAUUCCCGAUUCGUUUUAUACCAAUGGAGGCUUGAAAUUAAGGGUUAUUUGGACGAUUAGCUCGUUAAUCGCAGCAUCAGCAAGGCAUUAUUUGCUUCAACCGAUAAUUGCGGAGCAUAAGACGCUGGAUAGCUUGGUUUUAACCGAUGCGAAUGGACAAGGGGUGCUUUGUAUGAACAGGGAUCAGCUUGAGGAGUUGAGAGUGAAGCCGUUAUCGGCUUCAUCUGCUUCGAAAAGGACGCUGGUCCCUGCUUUGAAUAUGAGGCUUUGGUAUGCUUCUCAUUUGGAAUUGCCUGAUGGGGUUGUGUUAAAAGGUGCUACUUUGGUUGCUAUCAGGCCUAGUGAACAACCUGCUUCGAAAAAGGAUGUCUCGGAUGCUUUUUGGUUAUCAACUGCUUUUGAAGAGCCUUAUGGGACUGCGGCUAAGAUGCUGGUUAAGAGAAGGACUUACUGUUUGGAGAUGAACUCGUUUUAAUGUCUGCUUCCUGCUCUGCGCAGGGAAAGCAGCAAGCACAAUGGUCUAGGGGAAGAAGAUAACAUGCUUUUGGAAAGCUGAUGAUCAGAUGACAAUUUUGUUACAUGUUGUAGCUUAAUCUCAGGGCAGAGUCCUAUGAAAGCUAAACCUUGCUUUGGACCGCCAGUGGAAGGCAAUCCAUGCAUAUUGAUAAUGCACUGCAAGCAUUAUAACUUUUGUGCUUCAACUGAUAGCCAAAAUGCAUCUGCUGGUUGUUUUUAUUUCGGGCAUAUGCUUGUAAGGGUGCAUACCUGCUACUAGAUAGAUGUUGUAAGAGCUUUGAGUUUGUAGUCUUUUACUUUCUAUAAUCCCUCUAUAUGUGAAUAUUGUAGGUAUCAAGAUGUUAUGCUCUAUGUUAUAUAAUUAUGAAGUUCAUCAAGAAAUUCGUUUGCACUUAGCUUUUAAUUUCCCCAAUAGAUUUCCGGUAGUCCUGUCAAAGUUUCAUGGAUACUUCGUAGUCUUAUCUUUGCAAAUUAUUUAGAGUGUUUAUCCAGAUUUGUUGGAUUCAUGUUGGAACUUUGAUGUAGCUGCAGGAUUUAUUAUUGCAUUUGUUCUGAUAAAAUUCUGCUGAUGAUAAAACAAUGGGUGCCACUUUGAACAACUGCGUUAGGUGAUGAAAGGGAUCCGGUGUGAUAGAGUCAAACUGGAUUUGAUAAUACAAUGUGCACUUUGAUCCAGCUUUGAUUCAUCAAUGUUUCAACAAAGUUUGCUGUCAAUAAUUCUUAAAGCUCAAGUUGCCAAUUUAGCUUAUUGUAGCAUGGCCUAUGUGAUUUAAGAUUGAUCAUCAUCUCUGAAUCAUUAUUUGCUUCUAUGUCCCUACUUAGAAGCAAGAAAUGAUCAGAAGUUGCUUGUUUCAUCUGAGCAUGAGCAUGGCAGUUUUUGGCUCUAUUAUUGAGGGAUGCAUCUACAUUUUUCUUUUUUUUCACUUGGAAAGUAAUUACUCAAUACUGUUAAUAGAAAUCAUUAGUAUUUAUAUUUGCUCAAAUCAUCCUUGGUCAAACUCAAAUCCCAUUUAUUAAUGGCCAGAACCGUUAUUUAUCCCAAAAAAAACAAAGACCAGAG